AUGACGGCGCGGCUCGCCACCGAUCGCUGCUACGUGCCCUCGCGCGACGCCGCCUUCCACCCCAAUCUCACCCGGGUGCUCCACCUCAAGGUGAAGGGCAGACCCACGACGGCGACGCACGACCUGGGAGCGUACACGUACGAGUGCCGGCACUUCGUCGACCGGGAGUACCUUUGCUCCGUUCCGGGCGGCGUUGACCUGCUGGAGGGCAUCGCGCCCAGCGAGCCCCCGUGCAGGCGCGUCGAGAUGGUCGGCGCCGCCCCCGCGGAGGUGCUCGGGAUGCUCCCGGACAAGUUGCCGUGCACGCUGUGGACGCCCGCGGGGGCCGGCGCGCGCAGGAAGCUCUGCCUCGACCUCGCGGGCGUCCUCGUCGUCGAAUCCCUCCCGGUACCCCUGCACGUCUCCCUCAAGUCCCUCAUGGAGUCGUGCGGCGACGACGAGACCCUCGCGUCCCACCUCUGCGUCGCCGCGCAGGGAGAUCCGGUCGAGAAUCGCUUCGGCCGAGCCGCCUUCCCGGAGCGCUACCGCGACCACGACUUCUGGCUCGAUCGGGACCCGAAGACGGACCCGAAAUCCAACCUGACGCGCGAGCAGGUGAUCCGCGCGGAGUCCGCGCUCAUGGCGGCGCGGGGGAGGGACGGCGUGGCGUACGCGUCGUGCGCCAUGUGCCAACUGAUGGGGUCGGAGGAGGAUGGCGUGUUCCUCAAGCGGUGCGCGGGGUGCGACGUGACGCACUACUGCAGCAGGCAGUGCCAGCACGCGCACUGGGGGACGCACAAGGCGUCGUGCGUCAAAUCGCGCGGGGCUCGGGGCGUGGAUGUCGAGCGGCGCGGGGGCGACGAGCCCUGGCGCGCGGAUGGCAUUCGGAGCCUGGAGGGUUCGGUGCGGAGCCUGGGUCUUACCGAGUCCAGGGCGGACAUGGGGAUGCUCGCGGCGGACAUGCCGGAUACCCCGCAGAGGCGAUCCAUCGACGGGGACUCGAAUUUCUCCAACGAGGACGGGGGUUCGCCCACCUUUGGAACCUGCAAACCGCACGCCCUCUGA